AUGGGCUCGAAACGAAACCAUAGUUCCUCCACUGGCGAGCCUGGAUCUUCGUGCCUGCCGAACAAACGCCGGCGCGAGCAGCAAAACACCAAAUCGAAACCAUCAGAAGGCAAACCUGACCCGACGUAUGGGCAGAGAGCUGCCUUUCCUGGCCUUGACGACGAAGGUUGUGGGCAAAUCUCUGAUGAAGACCUAGAAUUCGAAGAGAACAGUGAUGCGCUCGCGUAUCUAAGGGCGGUCCGACAAGAAGCAAACGGCGUUCCCAAUGUUCUAGUCGCCCCCAGAGCGGGACCCCAGCUUCCGCCUCACCUCCAAGACCUCGAUGCCAUCGAUCGCAGCAUUUACGCCGACGGUGUCGGUGAUUCGCGCGGUUACUACCAAGACGGCGCGUAUACUGCAGCUCCCGAUCCAGACCCGUUGACCGAUUCUUCCGUUGAAGACGAACAGGACGAUCGAGUCGAAGAAGGCGAUGGAAGCAAGGCUGCAUCGUCAUUUCCCCGACGCGACCGUGUUGCCGCCCAAAAUGCCGCCCUCCGCCGAGCCUACUUCUCCGCUCUCAUAGCCCGUUUUCUCAACCUACGUACCAUCCUACACCGCACACCACCGCCCACCCUCGUUACCGCUCUUCCACGCGACCAUGGGGUCGAGGUAGGCUCCUUCGGUCCGCGCUCGUGGACCUUCCGCGUCUGGUCGCGCCGUUUCCGCCACACCGACCCGCUCCCGGCCCAGGUGGCUGCCCUCGACCGCCAGGGUGCUCUGCGUCUGUUGCGAGUCCUGCUCGGCGGCAAGUUCAUCCGCCGCGGCUAUGAACUGCGCCCACGCACCAGUCGUUGGAUAUGGGCGUUGCUCGCGCGUCUGCCUGAUAGCGGUGAAAUGGACUAUGCCGAGGUCGGUUGGGUGCGUGAGCUGGGGAAAAGAGCGGUGUUGAUGAUGGUCAGUAUGGCUCAGAUGGAGGCUCUUCAGGAGGAGGUUGAGGAAGACUUGGAGGGAGAAAUGAACGACAAUGGCGAGGAGGAACAAGAGGAGGAAUUUCUCGGAGAACUAGUUGUUGACGAGGAUGCUGAAAGAGGCGUUGCCGUAUCGACGACAACAGGACUCGAGAAGGCUGAUACUACAGAGGCUGACAAUGGCCACUGUGAGAUUGCUGAUGACCAAAACGAAGACGGCGAGAUGGACAUGGACCUCGACGAGGGCGAAGUUACAGAUGACGAUCAGCCGGCCGUCCCCGCCGCCUCGAGCAACAGCGACGAGGACCUCGCUGCCGAUAUCGCCGCGGCAAAAGCCCGUCUGCUAGCCCGCCUCGAAGCCGGCUCAAGUACAAACGAGAACCAACAUCCAGAACAUGAACAACAGGAACAAGCCGGUGACGACCUUGAGAAUGAAGAGGGAGAGUGGGAGCCGACCGAGAAUUCUACCCUCGACGAGGCAGAAGCUCGCGCCAACAUGCGAGCCACCCUUAACAUGAUCCUGACCGUGGCUGGUGAGUUCUACGGGCAGCGAGACCUGCUUGAGUUCCGAGACCCAUUCCCAGCGCAGUAA